AUGAGUCGGUCGCAAAGGAGAGAUGUGGUGGAUGACCCCGAGCGCGAGGAGAGCGAGGCGGAAGAGAGAAGUGCGAGCGACGAGUCCGAUGUUGAGAUCGAAAUAGACGAGCCAGAGAAAGAUGAGAGCGAAGAAGAGCUCGAGCAGCUGGUCUUUGGGGACAGCGCGGGCUUCAGAAGAGGUCUGGCAGCUUUUGCGGACGAGCGGGACGGAGAAGAUGAGGAAGAUGCAGCAGACACUGGCUUUGCUGGGCUAGACGAUGCGGAUCUCUUCUUUACGGAUGUAGGACAAGCUGGUCAGGCUGGAGAGGUGGCUGAGACCUCAGCAGACGAUGAGAAGACGCUGAGAUCGAGGUACCCAGCAGCAUGGGAGGACAGCGACGACGAGCGCAUGAUGGUCUCCCUGGCUUCCGUACCUCGACUACGCAAGUUGCGCAGAACAGAGGCCGAAGAUGUUGUCAACGGGAAGGAGUAUGCCAGAAGACUGCGGCAGCAGUUUGAGCUCCUCAACCCAGCACCAGAGUGGGCGAGGCAUGCUCUGCAGCAACCGGCGUUGAAGAAGCGGAGGCUAUCUGGGAAGGCGACCUCGGAUGAGGAGGACUCGGAUGUCGACAUGGAUACCGACGACGAUGUGCCCUCCGCCGCCCCUCUGUCGAAGUUACUUCGAGAUGCAGAGGGCCUUGUGCGGUCAUCACGUUCUGGAGCGGGCAAGAAGCGAAAGCUGCGGCCAGAAGCAAUCGACAUCCAGCGUGCGAAGGACAUACCAGGGACUCAGCCAUCCGCGGUCACAUCAAUAUCAUUCCACCCUCAAAUACCACUACUCCUCACCUCCGGACCAUCCUCAACCCUCUACCUCCACCACCUAGCCUCAUCACCACCCGCACCAACACCCAAUCCACUGCUAACCAGCAUGCACAUCCGCGGCACCCCCCUCUCAACAACCGCCUUCCACCCUACCGACGGCCGCAUCUUCCUUUCCGCCCGCCGCCGCUACUUCCACAUUUGGAACCUCGACACCGGCCGCGUCGAAAAGAUCACCCGCAUCUACGGUCAACAGCACGAACAACGCAGCAUGGAGACCUUCAAACUCAGCCCCAACGGCAAAUUCAUGGCCCUCCUCGGCUCCGCCCGCAAAGGCGGGGGCAUCAUCAAUAUCCUCAACGCUAACAGCCUCCAAUGGAUCUGCCAAGUCCGUGUCGAAAGCCGCAACGGCAUCGCCGACUUUGCCUGGUGGCGCGAUAGCAAAGGUAUGAGCAUCGCGGGCAAAAAUGGCGAAAUUACAGAGUGGUCCGUCCUCGACCGCCGCAUCACCGCGCGCUGGCAGGACGAAGGCGCCGUGGGCAUCACGACCAUCGCUUUAGGAGGCCAGCACGAAUUCGUCAAAUCAACCAUCGGCACCGAUCGCUGGAUCGUCGUGGGCAGCUCGUCAGGCAUAGUCAACAUCUACGACCGCCGCGUCUGGCUCGCCUCCGCCUCUAAACAGGAUCAGCCAGUUCCUUCCCAGCCUAAACCUACCAAGGUCCUCGACCAACUCACCACGCCUACCUCGCAUCUGACGUUCUCCCCAGACGGACAGCUGUUAGCGAUAUCGUCGAAGUGGAAAGCCAACGCGCUGAGACUGGUGCAUUUGCCUAGUUGUGCUGUUUUUCGGAACUGGCCCACGGGCUCGACGCCUUUGGGGCGGAUUUCCGGGGUGGCGAUUGCGGGCGGGGAGGUGGUCGGGGGGGACGUGCAUUCGGUUUUGGCGGUGGGGAAUGAGCAGGGGCGGGUUAGGUGUUGGGAGGUUAGAUAG